AUGGAAGAGUAUGAGACUGUAGCACUUAUUGAUGAGUGCAGUGCUAUUUUACAAAGAAAGCUUCCCCCAAAAUUGAGAGAUCCUGGAAGUUUCACUAUUCCUUGCACAAUUGGAAGUUUUGAGUGCAAGCAUGCCCUAUAUGAUUUGGGGGCAAGCAUUAAUCUGAUGCCAUUAUCUGUAUUUUGCAGACAUGGUUUGGGGGAGGCUAGUCCUACUACAGUCACUUUGCAGCUAGCAGACCACUCAAUUAAACACCCCAGAGAUAUGGAGGAAGAUGAAAAUGUCCCAAUCAUUCUAGGAAGGCCAUUUUUAGCUACUGGCCAAGCUCUAAUUGAUGUUCAGAAAGGUGAGCUGAAGCUUCAAGUUAAGGGUGAAGAAAUGGUAUUCAACGUGUUUAAAGCUUUAAAGUUUGCUGAUGUAAAUGACAAUUGUUUCAGAGUUGACAUCGUAGAGAGAGCAGGGUAG